CUCUUGACAUUUCGUACGUGUAUAGCCAGCCACCUGGCAACCGUCAUGUGUAAUGGUGCCUCACUUGUCAGCUCCUAUUGGGUUUCAAGAAACCAUAGUGGCCCAACGAUGACCUGAGGGAAGCAAGGGAGAGAAGCUUCCCCUCCUUGCUUGAGGACCCCACCGAAGCUCCUGAGCUCCUCAAUAAUCCCCGCUUCAUUUGCCUCUCAACCACCUAUAUCAGCAGCUGUACAAACCUGGUAGCAGAGCAUCCGAUUGGCUUCAGAUCUUCAACAUCCUCAGCAACCUCGGAACGAGACAUCUCCAAGACCAACAUGGACAAGCUCAUUGAAAAGGCCGUUGACAAGGUGUUUGGAGAAGACGAUGAGCGUCCGCAAGGCCUGCACCAAGGAGGCGGGAACCUAACUCAUGGCGGCGCCUACCCCGCGGGCGGUGGCUACUCGCAUGCCGACGACGCCGACCUACGCGGCGCCGCUUCUGCCGCAGCCAAGGACGCGGACGAUGGCGAGGCCUUCUUUGCCGACAUCCUCGGCAAAGUACUCAAGAACAAGCAACCGUCGCAGAUCGCGGAGGAGGAUAUCGACGAGGAGGACGCAGUCCAAUCGCACCGCAAACUCUUCGGCCUGGGCUCCUUCUCCUCCGCCGCCGAGCCUGUCUCGUCCUCCUCCCUGGGCAGCGCCGCGGCCAUGCAGGCGCUGAAGAUCUUCACCUCGGGCGAAACCACGCCGCAGUCCCAGAGCCAGAGCGCCUUUGUCGGGCUGGCCAUGGCGCAGGCCGCCAAGCUGUUUGAUGCGCAGGCGUCGCAGGGAAAUAUCGCGCCGGGCGCGGAUAAGCAAAGCGCUGUUAUGCAGGCUGGAGAGCUGGCGCUCAAGAUGUACCUGAAGAGUCAUGGGAGCCAGGGAGGAGGCGCUGGUGGGGAUGGGGGAGUUGGCGGGUUGUUGCAGUUGGCCGGGAAGUUCAUGAAGUAACUUACGUCUUUUGAUGAGGCGAAGAACCCAAGUAGGGAUGCCAUUUUUUUUUUUCUU